AUGGCGUCUUGUUCUAGCCACUCUCUCUCUUUCCUAAUAGCCUGCUCCACCCUGUUCGCCGCCGCUGCCGUAAAUGCUGCCAGGCCGUCCCCGCAAUAUCGGGGGCCUGGCAUGGCUGCUGUUCGCUUACAGGCUGAUGAUAUGGCAGAAUGCUGGAACUCCCUGCUAGAACUGCGGGCGUGCACCGGCGAGGUCAUCCUCUUCUUCCUCAACGGCGAUACCAACCUGGGACCGGGCUGCUGCAACUCCGUACGCAUCAUCGAGCACUGUUGCUCGCUGUCCAUGCUCACCUCCCUUGGUUCUGUUGGAGUUAAUCUCGCCACCGUGAUCAUCGCAAUCCACCGAGGAGGAAGGUGUCCGACGGAAGUCCCGCCUGAUCUUACGUCUUAUUUUGAAUUCCCUUGUAUUUCGCUCUCUAUCUUCUUCCUUUGAAUGUUUCAAUUACAGCCGUCCAUUAUGGAGUUUUAACGGCUGUGAUUGCGCCUGAAUGGUAGCGCUCGCAGUAACUGCCUUACGGCGUUACUGUACAAUGUGUUCGACCUGGUCCUACAAGAGAACCAGUUCGACGACUGAUUGGCGAUGCCAAUUGAUUUCUCCCAUUUUCAGUUUAAUAGAUUUGGGCAUUUUUUAGUUCUCCAUUCUUCUUGGGUUCUUUUGUUACGAAGAAUCGUAAGGUUAGAUUCUUCAGGUUCCACAGCCGAUGAGGGGGACACAGUGACAAGCUACUGCGUUGCCCUGGACAGCACCCUCCCCUUGCCACCGGCCGCACCAUCUCCGGUCUUACUCGCUCCCACGCCAUGA